CCUGCGUUCAGAAGACCUGUUCGCGGGAAAGACCAGCAGCUGCAGAAACACGGAAAAAGACCAACGAUCUCACAAACGCCUCAGUGUUAUUAUUAAAAAAAUAUUUCAGAUCGUCUUCCACCGGAGUGCAGGGAUGCUGUUCCGCUCAAUAGUUGACAGAGGAGUGGGCAGACGAAGGCAGAGCGUCCUCCCUGCAGAUCCCUGGUUCAGGUACCCUCUGAGCUCUCUGCUGGAAGGCUACCAGUGUGUCCGACACGAUGAACACAUCUCCUAUGGCAACCUGGGUGACUCCGUGCCACCAUUUGGACUGGCUUUCUCCUCUGCUGGGAACAUGCAGAACGUCCUUGCAGCAGCGAAUGAAGAAGGCAUCGUUAGAAUCUACAAUACAGAGAGUCGCAAAAACCCGCUUCUUAAAGAAUGGCUGGCUCAUGAGAAUGCGGUCUUUGACAUAGCCUGGGUCCCGGGGGAGCCUCAUGUAGUGACUGCUGCUGGUGAUCAGAUGGCCAGGCUGUGGGAUGUGAAGUCAGGGGAUCUGUUAGGCAGCUUCAAGGGUCACCUCUGCAGCCUCAAGUCUGUUGCAUUCACACCGCAGGAGAAAGCUGUGUUCUGUACUGGGGCCAGGGAUGGAAAUAUCAUGGUCUGGGACACCAGGUGCAGCAAAAAAGAUGGUUUCUACAGACAGGUGAAACAGAUCAGUGGCGCUCAUAACAAAGCAGAGACAAACCCCUCCACAAAAGCAAAGAAGAGGCGGAGCAGCGCACGUGGCAUGGCUCCCAGUGUGGACUCCCAGCAGAGUGUCACAGUGGUUUUGUUUCAGGAUCAGCACACCCUCAUCUCUUCUGGGGCUGUUGACGGAGUAAUCAAGAUGUGGGAUCUGAGGAAGAACUACACGGCGCACCGUCAGGAUCCUGUUCCGCUGCAGACGUACCCAUACCCGGGUUCUUGCAUGCGCAUGCGUCUGGGUUAUUCCGGACUUGUUCUGGACUCCACGCGAUCCAACAUCAUGUGUAACUGCACUGACGACAGUAUCUACAUGUUCAAUGUCACUGGAAUAAAAACGACUCCAGUGGCAGUUUUCAGUGGCCACCAGAACUCCUCAUUUUAUGUGAAGUCCACUAUUAGCCCGGAUGACCAGUUCUUGGCCAGUGGCUCAAGUGACAAUAAUGCAUACAUCUGGAAGAUCUCUGAUCCUAAACAUCCUCCCAUGAUGCUCCAAGGCCAUAGCGAGGAGGUGACAUCUGUUGCAUGGUGCCCAACAGAUUUUACUAAGAUUGCUUCUUGUUCUGAUGACCACACUGUACGGAUCUGGAGGCUUCACAGGGAAAUGGAUGGAGCACAGUCUUCAGUGGGAGAGGCCAACCUUGUGGGCUGGGCACGUCCUAAGUCUCCCUCAAGGUCUUCAGUCCAAGCUGAAACGACUCCUGCCAAGACCCAGAGGACAGAGAGUCUUGGUGGCCUGGCGUCACCCCAGCUUGCUGCUUGUGCUCCCAGUGGAGCCUCCCUGCCUCUGCCCUCCAGCACCACCUCACCUAGCCCUUCUCAGGACGCUAAGACUGCUGCUGUUCGCCAGAGAACACCAUCAUCUAUCAAACAGUGGCUAUCCCCGAGCCGUGGAUCCCCCCGUCAGGUGAGCCUUCUGCUCCGUAGGGUACUGAGCCCAUGUCACCAGAGCCCUGCGAGCAGCACCUCUCCCACAGAACGACGGGCCAAGCGCAGGCUGGAGACUGGCAGCGGAGCGUCUACAAGCUGCGAGAGAGCAGAACAGUGUGACUGUGUUACUGAACUCUACCCCGAGGCCAAGAGAAUCCGGACCCUGUCAGGAAUCUGCUGCCCUGCUCAAGAGAGCCGGGUACAAACAGACUGUCACACGGAGGACAACAAGCAAGCCUCAUCGAGACAGACUGGGAAGGAGAAUUUCUCUCCCAGAGCAAGUGACUGGUUGUCAGUGAUGGGCCAAAAGAUGAAGACAGGUCAUGGAAGCCCUAAUACUCCCAGAAGCCCCAAUGCCUCUAAGAAACAAGAAGGCAAGACACCAGCUUCACCAACCAUCUGCUCACCACAAACCAUGAAGAAAAUCUCCACAUAUUUCACGAGAAGGCCUCUGGAAUGACCACGUGUGCCAGUCAGAUGCUCUGUUUAAAAUGCUGUAUUUUUUUUAUUUUUGAGUAUUACUUUUAACCUGAACCCACAGAAAAUAAGCCUCUAAGAACACUAUAUAUGUCCAGACUACGAGUACAGGAACCUGGGCUGCAUAGAGAUAGACAAAACCGUCAUUGUGAAUGGUUGAUGCUGCGGUUUUCACAUCCCAAAAGGCUGCUUUAUUUUAAUUGGGUCAUAGGUUUUGCAGUUGCCUCCUACACAUUUUCCAAUGCUUUGCAGAAUCUUUGGUUGGAAAAAUGAAGUUGCAUGUUGUUGAGUAAAUCUUUCAUUUUACUCAAACCCUAUAACUUUAAGAGUUUUAUAUUAUGUUUAAUACAAGAACCCACAUUUAACAAAGUUGUUCAGGAGGUUAAUCCUCAAGUGCAGAGAAAAAUAUUUGUCUGCAAAUAUGGACAUUUUAAAGUCUGCUAAAAAAAAAAAGACUAUUAUUUGAUACUCAUCUUACUCACAUUCGUUUUAUGAACUUCACUAAGAUGUAUCGCUUCAUCUCUUUGUGUUUUUUUUUUUUUUCUUUCAUGUGUGGAGUUUGACAGUUUUCCUUCUGUGUUACACAUACAAUUCUGCAAAAUGUUUUUUUUUUCUUGAGCAAAUGCUUAAGUUGUUUAUAUGUACAAAAUAACCUUGCUUGGUUCAUUUGUAUUUAAUUGUCACAAAUUUGCUGUGGUCAGAUUUUAUUAAAUUGAAAAUUGUUUUCAAAGUGUGU